UUUUGUAUUGCCUCGCUAUUCAAUUCCGGUUCAUGAUAACAACUUUCAUCCCGGGAAAAGUGAAAUAAACGUGGCAAAUGUAAUAAAAGGAUUAUGGUUUGACAAGAAAAUCGAGGCAUUGUAAUGGCAAGUUUGUGUAUAGAAUUUCGUGACAGAAUGAUUUAUUCGCGAUUAAAUCAAGCUAUCUAGUUACUUCAGCUUGUCCCUGCUGGCUUUAGUUUCUAGCUUGGUUAUUGAGUUGCAUGGGCUUGCUGGACAAUCAGAAACUUUGACAGUUUACGUUAGCAACAUAGUCCAUACUUGCCUGGCUGUCAGUAUGGAACUGGGCAAAGCCAAGUUGCUGAGGACCGGUCUGAACAUGCUACACCAAGCCAUCCACCCAGUUCACGGGAUCGCAUGGACGGAUGGGAAACAGGUCUGCCUCACCUCCCUUUACUAUGCCAACGGUGACGUGAAAUUCGGCGACACCAAUGUCAUUGGUCAGUUUGAGCAUGUCUUCGGUCUCUACUGGGGCCCUCUAUGCUGCUCCGGCUCUCCUGCUCUGUUGGCCGUCCAACACAAGAAGCAUGUCACAGUGUGGCAGCUGCAGCUCAGCGCUCUGGAACAGAACAAGCUGCUGUGCACUCAGACCUGUGAGAUGAGCGAACCGUUCCCCCUUCUGUCUGAGGGAUGUGUCUGGCAUCCCAAGAUGGACAUCCUUUCUGUCCUUACCAAGAAAGAUGCCUCUGUGCUGUUCUGUGUCCGCGUGGACAACCGCAGGGUGAAGGCUGAUAUUAAAGGCAGUGGACUCAUCCACUGUGCCUGCUGGACCAAAGAUGGCACCCGGUUGGUUGUGGCCGUUGGAAGCGCCCUUUACUCCUACAUCUAUAACGAUGUUCAGAAGAGUCUUUUAGCCUGCUCCUUCUGCCCUAUCUUCGACGUGGGUGGGUACAUCUGUGCCAUCGAGUCGACAGGCGAAGCCCAGGUGGCAGUGGCUACAGAGCUGCCUCUGGAGAGGAUCUGCGGGCUGAACGCAGGUAUAGUCUUCGACGUGCCCUCAGAUUCCGAGUCCUCCCUACUAGGACAUUCUUCUCUUAUGGUGAUGUUGGAUGAGGAUGGCUGUAUAGACCCCCGCAGGAGGUCCUUUGACUCGGAGAGGUCCUACCUGUCCUGCUCUCCGUCCGGCGGCCCUAUGGACCUCACCCACCUCCUGGCCAAGCACCGGCGCUCCGACCCCAGUCCACUCAUAAACUUGCGCCGCAAGGACCACCUGACCGGCUCCGGACAGGAUUCAUCUCACCUUAUCCUUGUCACCUACGAACAGAAAGUCACCAGCACCAGUAAGGUCAGCAUCCCUGGGAUCCUGGUGCCAGACAUCUUGGCCUUUGACUCCAGAGGCUCCAUGGUGGCGGUGGCCUCCAAUACGUGUAGCAUGGUGCUGGUCUACUGCAUCACGCCCUUCGCUAUGCCCAAUGUCCAGCAGAUCUCCUUACAGAAGAACGAGAGGCCCAAAGGCGUCUGCUUCCUCAGUGACAAGACGCUGCUUCUCAUGAUCGGCAGACAGAAGUUCAACGAACCUGCCUUCCUCCCCUCCUCCAACACGGAAAAAUACAUCCUGCACCUCUCUUCCAAGGAGAUAGUCUACGACGGAGAAACCCCGGCGUCUCCCUCCCCGAACCGGCAAUCCCCCGCUAAUUUCUACCCGGGGAUUAGGCGCCACUCGGAGCAUGUCUUCUCUAAGGAGGAGCAGCAGGAGCGUGUGGCGAUCAAGGAGUUGGUGCUGCCGGGAGGAGGUGUAAUCCAGUCCCGUUCUCCAGGGAGCAGCAGGAGGAGGCUGGUGGAGGAGGUGAGGAGCCCGGAGCCCAGCUCAGUCGACUUUCCCUACUCUGACCUCUGCCGCCCCUCUGAUCAAUCCCACUCGAGCGCCUCCUCCAUUACGGUCGAGAACUUCGACAUGGAACCCAUCAACCGGAUGAGAGCAUCAGUGCAAUCUGGGGACUUGAGUCGACCCUGCUCCCCAUACUACAACCCUGGGGAUAAGCCCCACACGGAGCUCCCCACCCUGCCCAAGACCACCCCCCUGGCCCCCAGAGAGAAGGAGAGGAACCUGGAGCAGCUGUCCCAGAACAUGGAGAGGAUUUUCUCUCGCUUCUCUGAGGUGCAACAGUAUCUCACAGAGAUCAGGGACUUCACUCAGAACGGGAAAAGGGGUUUGGGGACUAUUUACCCCAACGCCUGUGAACCUCCAUACGUUAACAUCACGUGUCAGAAGCAGCUGUCUGAAAAUGUGUUUAUAGAUGAGAGAAGACCAGUGUUGCUGUGUGAGGGGAAGCUUUGUCUGAAGGUUCUUCAGGAGCUCUUUAACCUCACUAUAGUAGAGAUUAUGUAUGGUCCGUUGUGGAUAGUCCUUGUGGCGGAUGCAGAGGGCUUUGUACCCCUGACUUUUAAACCCAAAGAGGAGUUGACCGUGAGGAACGGCAGGAGGAAAUCUCCCAUCAGAAGCCCUGGCAGCCCAGACACAUGCCCCUCCAGCCCUGUGAAAUCUCCCUCAAGCCCAGCUAAAUCACAGACUUGAACAAGGCCUGGCCCCAAAACAGAGACCUCAGCAAAGUGGGAGAGAGCAUGGGACUAGCAUAACACACAGGAUAUGUCAAUGCUUUAUGCAUACAUCUCUAACAGCUGGACACACAGACUCCCUCUGCAUCUUCUUAUGAACAAGCAGUACUGGGUGACAAAUUCACCUUUUUCAGUUGGGGAAUUAUUUGAGACACAUGUUUGUCACACUUUGGAAAGUAGCACCUUUCAAACAAUGUUUACAUUUAGUGACGUUUGGAUAUUAUAUUGGUAUUUUUGUCUUUGUAUUAUAUGUACAUCUGGUUCAAGAUGAAGUUGAUCAAAAAUAUGAAAUAUCGGACCAAUGAAGUACUGUAGUCGUGUUUUGUGUGGCCUAGGUUAGGAAAGUAGCCACCAUAUCCCAAAGAGAUUUAUCCUGUUUGUGUGUUAUGUGAUUGUAUAAUAUUAAAGCCCUCAAAUGUU